AUGGAAGACAUCUUAAGGAUCAAUCAGAACGGAUUUAGGGAGAGUAGGUCAACAACUAGUCAUAUUCUUGGCCAAAGAAGGGUAUUCGAGGGAGCCCAGGAUAAAGAUCUGACCGCGGUAAUACUCUUCAUUGAUUUCAAGAAGGCAUUCGACAGCGUGCACCGUGGACUCCUCAUGAAGAUCCUCCUGGCAUAUGGCAUUCCCAAGAAGAUUGUAGGCUUGAUACAAAGAAUGUAUGCAGAUACUUUUGCUCAGGGUAGGGACUUUGGGUUUAAUCUACACCCUAGAAGAAGCCGACGCUCUCCGGCUGUCAAGGUCACUGAUGCGGACUUUGCUGACGACCUUGCUCUUAUAACAGAUAGUGUUGCAGAGGCACAAGAUUUCCUCAGGAGUCUGGAACUGGCUGCCAAAUCAGUUGAACUCCACCUCAACGAGGGGAAAACUAAGUACAUGGGAAUCAACAUAAGAGAUGACGAUAGCCCGACUCUGGUUGCUGGGAGCGGGAAGACCAUUGAGAAAGUCGAUGACUUUGUAUAUUUGGGUAGUAGAAUGAAGAGUUCGGAGAAGGACUUCGAAGUGAGGAAAGCUAAGGCAUGGGGAGCGUGUCACCACUCGCCAGAUGAAGCUUGUAUGGAAGUCGGAUAA